AUGAAUCGAUCAUGUCUUCAAUUGAAGGAUUUACCUGAUGAACUUCUUGUGCUAAUUUUCAAACAAAUGAAUAAUGUUGGAGUUAUGUAUUCUUUAUUCGGUGUCAAUGAACGAUUUGAUUCAAUUCUACAAGAUCCAAUUUUUACAAAUCGUUUGAAUUUCUUGAAAUGUUCUUCGGAGAAAUUUCUCAGCAUAUUUUCUCCCGAUAUUAUCUUUGGUCGAUUUUGUGCACAAAUUCUACCAGCAAUUCGUGAGAAAAUUCAAUGGCUUGAUGUUGACUCAUCAACUAUGAAACAAAUUCUAUGUGCUACUAAUUAUCCUAAUUUACAUGAACUGGGCUUAUUCAAUGUCGAAGAAGGAACAAUUCGAAGUCUUUUCACUGAUGUAAAUCUUUCAUCGAAUCUUUUUAUAAAACAAAUUACCAAACUUCUAAUUACAAUUGGUGUUGAUCUGAAAAUGAAGCCUUAUUCAACAAUGAAAUACAUCAGCAAUCAUAUUUUUACCGUGUUUAAGAAGUUAACUCAUUUAACAUUUUCUGAAUCAUCAUAUCAAACUAUGGUUGGAUUAUCAUUUGCUUAUCCACCCAUCAAUUUUUGUUCUUCAACUCUUUUGGUAUUGAAUGUUAGGAUUGAUUCUUUUCCUGUAUGUUUAUAUAUUCUCGAUGGUCGUUUCAAUCAACUUCACACACUCAUUAUGGAGACAGCCAACAUUUUCCCAUCGGAAAAAAUUGAAAAUCAAGGUGAUAUACCAAGUCUAAAGUGUUUUUCUUUGUCUUGUUUUGAGACAAUAUGCUGUUACGAUGAAUUGGUUCUCCCACUUCUUUAUCGAAUGUCAAAUUUAGAAACACUCAAUUUGUCUCUUUCGAUUUCGGUUAAACAAGCAUUCAUUGAUGGAUAUAAUUUGAAGAAUAAAAUUGUUAAUCGGAUGCCACGAGUUAAUAAAUUCACAUUCGAUAUUCAUUCGAUUAUGAGGAUUCAAAAUGACAUAAUUAUACCAACGAAUGAAGACAUUCGAAACACUUUCAAUGACUUUCAAUAUACACAGUUAAUAUGUUACAUGGAUCAUUUUGCAGAUAGAAAAGAAUGCCAAGGUCAUGUGUAUACAUAUCCAUCUAAAAUGUCAUAUUAUCAAUAUAUAUCAAAUCAAUUUCCAGGUGGAUAUUAUCCACAUGUUCGUCUUGUAUCCUUGUAUGACGAAUAUCCUUUUGAACAUGAAUUUUUUCUUCGAAUAGUUCAAUCAUUUCCAUUCAUGGAACGAUUAGUUUUAUCUAAUAUCGAACCGCAACAACAAAAACAAUCUCGCAAAUCAACAAAUGACGCUUGUCAUUUAUCAAUAGCUGAAUAUUCUCAUCUUAUUGAGCUUGAUCUUGAACGAGCGACUGAUGAUUAUGUUGAAGAAUUUCUAUCUGAUAGAAAAACAUGUUUUCGAAAGAACAUUCGUCUUUGUGUUAUGACUGAAACUUUGUUAAGGGUAACAAAACAUUUUACAAGAGAUGAUACUCGAAUGAAUUGUACCAAAGUAGGCAAUUUAUUGCUAUGGAGUGAAUGGAGAUCUUCGAAAUCUUUUCAAGAAUAUUUUCCUUCGCUCAAAGACUCUGAUGAUUAUAUUUGUCCGUUUUUUUACUAA